AUGCGGUCCUUCAUUCCAUUGGUGCCUCUGCUGGCUUCUUCCGCAGCGGCGGCUGCUAUCGACGUUGCGGCUCGCGCAACUGUCACCACAGCACCUUCGGCAAAUGCGAAUCCCUUCGAGGGAUACCAGCUUUACGUGAACUCGUUCUAUGCAUCCGAGGUCUCUGCCUCAGCCUUGCCGUCCAUGACCGGGGCUGCUAAGGCUGCCGCAAGUGCCGCCGCCGAAGUUCCCUCCUUCUACUGGCUAGAUACUGCCGACAAGGUGCCAACGAUGGGUGAGUUCUUGGCCGACAUCAAGGCUAAGAACGCAGACGGUGCUAGCCCGCCGAUUGCUGGCCAAUUCGUUGUUUACGAUCUGCCUGAUCGUGACUGCGCCGCUUUGGCCAGUAAUGGAGAGUACUCCAUUGCUGAUGGUGGUGUCGCCAAGUACAAGGCGUACAUUGACUCCAUCCGCGAGAUCCUGGUCGAGUACUCUGAUAUUCAGACAAUCCUUGUCAUUGAGCCUGAUUCAUUGGCCAACUUGGUUACCAACAUGGCUGUGUCCAAGUGCGCUGGCGCACAUGACGCAUACCUGGAGUGCACUGAUUACGCCGUCACUCAGUUGAACUUGCCCAAUGUUGCCAUGUACCUCGAUGCCGGACACGCUGGAUGGUUGGGCUGGCCCGCUAACUUGGGCCCCGCAGCUGAGCUCUACGCUGGUGUCUACAACAAUGCCGAGAAGCCCGCCUCUCUGCGCGGACUUGCCACCAACGUUGCCAACUACAACGGAUGGUCUCUUGCUACCUGCCCUUCAUACACUCAGGGAGAUGACAACUGCGAUGAGAAGAAAUACAUCAACGCCCUUGCUCCCCUCCUCAAGACUGCUGGCUGGGAUGCCCACUUCAUCACUGACACCGGCCGCAAUGGUGUCCAGCCCACUAAGCAAACCGCCUGGGGCGAUUGGUGCAAUGUCAUGGGAACCGGUUUCGGUGUCCGCCCCACUACCGAGACAGGUGAUGCCUUGGCUGAUGCCUUUGUCUGGGUCAAGCCCGGUGGUGAGAGUGAUGGUACUUCGGAUACCAGCGCGACCCGCUACGAUGCCCACUGUGGACUUGGCGAUGCUCUUAAGCCUGCUCCUGAAGCUGGUACUUGGUUCCAGGCAUACUUCGCCCAGCUUGUGGAGAAUGCUAACCCCUCCCUUUAA